AUGGUGGAGGUAUGGGGAAAAGACAUCCCCGAGUAUGCCACCUUCUUGCAUCUGUGGUCGCGCAAUGCCGCAGACGAAAUCAGCUUUGCAGAUGUCCAGCACAACACCUACAGGGCAAAACUUGGAUUUAUGAAACUCGAACAAGUCCUGAGUCGCGCGGCACAAGAUGGUUUUGAGUUCUUGUGGAUCGACACUUGCUGCAUUGAUAAAACUAGUUCGGCGGAGCUGAGCGAAGCCAUAAACUCGAUGUACCGCUACUACCACGACUCGGCGAUAUGCUACGUUUUCAUGGCCGAUGUAUUUGACGCGGAACGUGACUUUUCCGAGUCGAGAUACUGGCGACGAGGCUGGACAUUGCAGGAACUGAUUGCCCCGCUCAAAGUUCUUUUUUUCUCAGCAACGUGGGCGCCCAUCGGAUUCAAGGAAUCAUUGGCCUCUUCGAUAUUUGAGAUCACCGGCAUUGAACAAGAAUUUCUCCUUCAUGAACAGCCUCUCCAAGUGGCCAGCGUCGCGAAGCGCAUGUCAUGGGCCGCAUUACGGAAGACGACCCGGGAGGAAGACAUUGCCUAUUGUCUGAUGGGCAUUUUCGACGUUAACAUGUCGAUGCUCUACGGCGAAGGUGAGACGAAAGCCUUCUUACGACUGCAAGAAGAGAUCCUGCGCUCACAAGAAGACCAUUCGAUAUUUGCCUGG